UUGCUGGUCACUUUGAGUUUGGACUGUUGAGGAGUGAUAUUUGUCUUCAUCUCUUUAAGCACUACGAUAACUACACUGUAAGGAUGCUCACCGCACAGAGAUGUAUGGAUCCAACUCUACAGUAAAAGGGAAUACUGACAGAAGACCUUGCCACGAGUCGACCUGAUCUUUAAUAAGCCAGAUCUGGACUCAAAAAACACAUGAGGAUGUGUCAGUGUUACUCUGCCCUGCUUAUGCUCUGCUUGCACAUGGUGACAUGUGGAGCAGAGCUCAGAGCAGCUGUGUCUCCUCUGGGUUGGGAAGAGAGCGAUAAGGAGGAAAGUGUCUCUCCUUACGGCUCUCGUUCAGGGUUUCUCAAAUCCCUGCGGCUUUUCUCCCACACGUCCCAAUCUAACAGCCAGAGCCGUGAAAGUGCUCCGGAUCCCGGGGCACUGGAUCUGUGGGCUUGGUUAUCCAACCACACUGAUACCGAAGGAACCCUCUCGAGGGCCAAACGUCGCCCCUAUGUGAAAACAGGCAAGUUUAAGAAGAUGUUUGGCUGGGGCGACUUCCAUUCGAACAUUAAAACGGUCAAGCUAAACCUUCUCAUUACUGGGAAAAUCGUUGACCAUGGCAACGGAACCUUUAGCGUCUAUUUCCGCCACAACUCCACCGGCCUGGGCAACGUGUCUGUCAGCCUGGUUCCGCCCUCCAAGGCUGUCGAUUUUGAGAUCACUCAACAGGAGACCAUAGAGGUACCCAAAGACAAUAAGGCCUUCAAUUGUCGAGUGGAAUACGAGAAGACGGACCGCAGCAAGAGGACGUCCGUUUGCAGCGACUUCCCAAACAGGGUAUGUUUCCAGGAACAGACCCAAAGCCACGUGUCUUGGCUUUGCUCCAAGCCCUUCAAGGUCAUCUGCAUCUACAUUGACUUCUUCAGUGCUGACUACAAGCUAGUACAGAAGGUCUGCCCAGAUUACAACUACCACAGUGACACUCCCUAUACCUCUGUGGGAUAGCACAGCCUAGAUUGGAUGUGUUAAGGUAACUGAGGUGUCAUCUCAUUGUUACAGCCUCUCUAGUCUGUAGUUUCCUUCUUCUGUUCCAUAAAGAACCGGAAAAAUGGAAGCAAGGUCAGAUGAUUAUAUCUUGCUUGUCCUCCUAGGGCAGUCGAUGACAGGAAUAGUUCACCAAAAAAAUUAAUUUUCCACAGAAAAAUGUCUGGAACAAAAUGAGGAUGAGUGAAUGAGAAAUGGUUAUAUUUUUGGGUGAAUCCAGGCUCAAGACCUGGUUCGUGUGGUUGACAUUUAGAUUGGACAAGACCAACACAUCUAUGGUUUCCACAGUGACCCCUGACCCUUUCUCAGUGACUCUUGUGAUGUCAUCAGUGACGUUUUAAAAGAUCCUAAACAAAUUUCCCAAUCAACAUAAGCUGGAAUUCAAUAACAGAACAAUGUAAAACAUCUUGUAUUGCAGCCAUUUGUGAUGCCCUCCUUUUCAUG